UCGAGUUAUUUUAACAUUGCGAACACUUAAAUAUUUUAUAAUGUGUAGGUAUUGAUUACAAUUGUUUGCAUAGCUGUUGUACUCCUAUGUAACGUUAUGAAUUGUUCAAAUAUUUACAUGUAUGUAUCACAGGAUAUUGCGCAUAUAUAAUAUUAAAACAUUAAUUGUUCCUCAUAAAGCGUUCAAUAUAUUGUACCUAUGUAACUACUGUAUACAGUUAUUCAUUCGAGAUCACGGUGACCACAAGAGCCUUCUACGUACAAACCUUUUCCAAAGUCCGGUAGCGAAGAGUUCGUACGUAGAUCCGGACGCAUUUUUCCGUGAUUCAGCGAUAAAGAAGAGUUUCAAAAAUUAUGCUCCCAAUAUAGACGAACCCCAAAUAAAUCAGAAGCAUAAUGGACGUAAUCUACCAAAUCGAAGAAAUGAGCUUAAGACGCUAAUCAAUCACGGGAUAGCUAACAACAAUGAAGACUUCAAAUUUUUAAGUCAAUUACAGCAAAGCCAUGAGAAUACCGAUGUACAUAAAUUGUUGAAAAAUGAACAGGAAUCCCAAAAAGAUGUGUUAGAUCAAGAACUUAAAAACUUGCUGCAUGAAAACCAACUAAGUAACGACUUUUCCGUGGGCGUUAAAUUUUCAAAACAAUCAAAUAAGGACCUUAACGAUAAAACAUCAAAUGAUAAAUCAACCAAUCAAGAACUUAGUGACCAGAAUAACAAAGCCUUGAGCAAAGAAAAUUCACUUAUUAAAACUCAGGUUGAUAUAGAUAACAAAGAAUUAUCUUUGUCUAUAAAUGCACCAAACAUACAGAAAGAAACCAAUCAAGAGACAUCGUCAAAUCAUAAAGAUAUUCGGAAUGUUCCGCAGCGUCAAAACCAGCAAGUUUCGAGCCAUAAAGAAUCCAAUGAAUCGUCAAUAACUUCUACAGACGAAUUCAAUAAACAAUCGCAAAAACAAACUUCGGCUUCAUCACAACAAAGCCGACAAGAGUCUUACAUAAACCAACAAUCACAAACAGAACAAGAUUGGGUCAAACAACAUAGCCGCCAAAUAAAUGAUAAACAAGAUACGACCGUCUAUCGAAGUAAAUCAUCUGUAACAAAUGAUAACGUAUCAGAAUCUAAUACAAAGAAUUGGAACGUCGAAAAUCAAUUUGAACAAGAAUCUGUUAUUGUAGAUAAUAUCAAGGCUGAAGAGAAUGUAACUAAAGACGACUUUAUAUCUAACAAAAAAAGUAAUCGAUUAGAAUAUUCAUAUGAUUUAGAAGAAGAAGAGGAAGAAGAGGAGUUUUGGAGAAACGAAGAUGCGUAUAUUGACGAUGAUACCACUGAUCCUGGGGAACUAAUACAUUUAACAAGUCAAGAUGAACCAGCAAUAAAGCCAAAUGAAGAAACAUCUCCGCAAGAUGAUCAAAUAAAUUCACAUAAAUCUUUUCAAUCACAUCGAGGUCAUCACAUCCCUUUACAGCCAGUACGAAAUCCUUCACUAACAAAAUCGGAUCAAGACGUAACCCCUGUAAAACAGACUCGAAAUUCAUCUUUACCACCUAUGCAAAACAAGCUAAGACAAAAUCAAACACCACUACAACCAAGUGAUGAUCACCUGCUUUUACUACCAAAUCAACAUAAACCUCCUACAUUGCCAGAUGAGGAUCAAUCCUACGCAGACUUCAGUCGAAAUCCACCUUUCUCGCAAGCAGAAGAUGAUAAACCUUCUAUAUUAACAAAGCAGAAUGAAUUUGCACCACAAUCUCAAAGUAAACCUUUAGGACCUCGUCCUAAACACAAGCAAACGAUCACACUAAUUAAACAAUCACAGAUAAAUAAAGAAAGUGAUUCAUGGAAAGAUUAUAAGAAAACCAAUAAAAAUGCUGACGAAAAUAAUACGAUAUCGCAGGAUGAAGAUCAGUCAUUACAAGAGAAACCGGCUCAAGAUCAAACUACAACACAAAGCAACACAGAUCGGACUACUACAGAAUUUGAUCAAGAUCAGCCACCUUCACGACCGAAGAACAAUGGACUUCUUCCACAACCGGAACAAAACAAGCCACUGACACAGACAAAACAAGAUGAGCCCUUGCCCCAACCAGCCCAAAAUAAACCACUUUUACAACCGGAACAAAACAAGACGCUGACACAGACAGAACAAGAUGAACCCUUGCCCCAAUCAGGACAAGAUAAACCACUUCUACAAUCGGAACAAAACAAGCCGCUGACACAGACAGAACAAGAUGAGCCCUUGCCCCAACCAGCCCAAGAUAAACCACUUUUACAACCGGAACAAAACAAGACGCUGACGCAGACAGAACAAGAUGAACCCUUGCCCCAAUCAGGACAAGAUAAACCACUUCUACAAUCGGAAGAAAACAAGCCGCUGACGCAGACAGAACAAGAUGAGGCCUUGCCCCAAUCAGGACAAGAUAAACAACUUACACAACCGGAACAAGAUGAGUCCUCGCCACAACCAGGACAAGAUGAGCCCUUGCCCCUAUCAGGACAAAAUAAACCACUUCCACAACCGGAACAAGAUGAGUCCUCGCCACAACCGGAACAAGAUCAGCCUUUGCCCCAAUCAGGACAAGAUAAACCACUUGCACAACUGGAACAAAACAAGCCGCUGACACAGACAAAACAAGAUGAGCAGUUGCCACAACCAGAACAAGAUGAACCACUUCCACAACUGGAACAAAACAAGCCGCUGGUACAAAUAGGACAAGAUGAGACCAUGCCACAACCACUAGAUAAACAACUUCCACAACCGGAACAAGAUGAGUCCUCGCCACAACCGGAACAAGAUCAGCCCUUGCCCCAAUCAGGACAAGAUAAACCGCUUCUACAAUCGGAACAAAACAAGCCGCUGACACAGACAGAACAAGAUGAGCCCUUGCCCCAACCAGCCCAAGAUAAACCACUUUUACAACCGGAACAAAACAAGACGCUGACACAGACAGAACAAGAUAAACCCUUGCCCCAACCAGCCCAAGAUAAACCACUUUUACAACCGGAUCAAGAUAAGCCUAUGCUACAAACAGGGCCAGUACAAGAUAAGCCCCUGAACCACCUGGAACAAGAUAAUACCCAGCCACAGUCAAGACCAAGUAAAUCUCUAUACGAGCCAGAUCAAGAUAAAUCCCAACUUCAUCCAGGACAAAAUAAGCCUCUAAACCAGCCAGGGCAAGAUAAGCUCCUACGACAGCCGGUACAAAAUCUGUCCUCUACAACACUACAUAGGAGUAAACCUAAAUUAUCCAGUCCAGACGAUCUGCAACUAGACCAAUAUCAAGCAAAUCAAUCUAAGUACCCUCAGCCAGAGCCACAUAACAAAGACAACGAAGGUUUCCAGAAUCAAACACCUCACACAAAAGAUUCAUCACAUACCUAUCAAGAGAGUGAGUGGACUAAGCAUGAGCAAAGAGAAAUUACAUCACCAUUGCAUAGUCAAGAAUCAACAAAACAAUCCGAUCAUAAGCAAACAAAGAACGAACAAGAAACAAAAGAUCAAGUUCAAGAUGUACUAAAAUCAUUGCCUAGUCAAACUGAGGCAACAAUUCAACAAACAGAUAGUUUCAAUAAAUCUCAGCAAGAUAAAAUUUCAGUACAAUCCGACCAAGAUAAACCGACAGAAUUCCAUCAAGAAAAAAUAACUAAACCCACACAAGAUACGACAUCGCCUAAUGUGAGCACUGAUGAAUCUACACCACAAUCUAAUCAAGAUAAGUCUACUAGCAUACCUAAAAACGAUAAUGGUAAUAGUCAUCCUAAUCAAAUAAAACGUGAAACUUUACCUGAGCAUGAAAAACCCGUAACGAAAUCUGAUCAAGGCAAGACUGACACUAAAGUUGACGCGAACAAUCCUGCAUACAAACCUGGUCAAGAUGAGAGUAGUAUCUUACCUCACCAAGAUAAACUUACAAGAUUACCUAAGAGCGAUGAAACAACUAAACUGGAACCUAAAACUAAUGAAGAUAGGCCUUUAGUUAUACCAAAACAAAAUAUUCCUAUAUUGAAUUCGCAUGAAACUAUUCCUACAAUUCAACUGGUAUACACUAAAUCCCAAAAGGAUAAACCUCAUCUAAGUGAAACCCUACAGAAAGCUAACCAAGAUAAACCUUUGUCCAUAAAUAAGCCCUUAAUUAAAUCUGACAAUGAUAAAGAUAACAUAAAUAAACUUAACCUAAAUGAAAAUACAUUUAAGGCUCCCGAAGAUAUAUCUGUAAUCAAACCUGACCAAACUGAAUCUACGUGUAAUAAAAGCAAACCUAGUAAUCAUAAACCUAUGUCCGACCAAGAUACACCAGCAAUAAACAUUGGUGACAAGAGAACACCAGCCACACCUUAUACAGACAAACUUGCAUCUGAACCUAAACAAGAUAAUCCAGAUGAAGUGGCUAUUACCACAAUUGGCCAAAAUAAAUCUGCAACCAUACAAGGUAAACCCAUAUUGCAAUCUAUACAAGACAAGUCUCCUAAGCAGCCAGAUCAAGAUUAUGUUACAAUUAAACCUGCGACUGAACCGUCAGAUGAGCCUACGAAUGAACCCGUUCAAGAACCUAAAACUACUGAAAUACCUGAUCAAAAUAAAUCUAAGGCAGAAUCUGCUCAAAAGGAGCCAAUGAAGCAGCCUCACCAAGAAGUAGUAAAAACGAACAUUAUUAAACCUAUCACAAUGAAGCCUCCAACCAAACCUGAUCAAGAACCUAACCUUGUAGUAGUACCUGAGAAAGCUAAACCAACCGAUUCUACUGAAAAUAAACAAUCAAGGCAACUAAAUCAAGACGUGCCUAAGUUCGCACCAAAGCCUGAUCAAGUUGCAAUCACGCAAAAACCUAAUCUAGAACCACUACCUAGAGCAGUACCUAAUGUUGAUAAGCCUGCUAUUAAUGCUAAACAAGAUAAACUAGACCAAUCUUUAAUGAAAUCCAAUGAUAAUCAAUCUAAACAUAAAACAGAUGAAGAGCAACCUAUAGUUACUCGUAAGCACCCAAAUUUUAAGAAACCAUAUUCAACCAACGGCGAUGAAGGCCUACAAUCCCAAAAUAGUGAAGAUACUGCACAAAUUACUAGGUCUAACAGUUGGAGUGAGAGGGAUAGUUACUCUGAGAGGCGAGGACGUUACGACCUCUCUCGAAGUAGUAGCAUACAUGACGUACAACAAGCGAUCGAAACGGAGGUGAACUAUAAAACCCUUGUAGUGAGCGACGGGUCUAACAGCGGCAGAUGCUACUGCUCCUGCGACAUCAACAGCAAGCCAGUCUUCAUCAGCCUGGACCAGCUGCGUGGGUGGCCGACAUUAUAAGACUUUAUUUUUAUUGGAACCUAAACUCUAUUAUAGUAAAAAAAAGAAGAAAUGUGAUAAUUGCAGCCUUGUUCAGUUAGCAUACACUUCUAUCCAGCGAACGACUUGCACGUUUAUACUUGACAAAAAAACACCUGCGAAUGUAAUCUAGAUUUAUCUCUAAAGCCAAUCGAAACACCAAGUAAAAUGUUUGGUAUAAA